UGAUUCACCAAAUGUAAUUCCUGCUCGUUCUCUCCCCCCUCACUGUUUGCAAUAUAAACCCACACUCCAAGGGCAUGUUAAACUGGCCAUUGCCAAGCAGAGUUGAAACAAGCAGACAUGGAUCACAGACGGCAGACAGUUCUUGUACUGGGCGCUGUAGUGUGCAUUCUGGUCCCAGGGGUAUACCUGACUGAGGAGACCGAAACCUGUCAGACCACGUUUGAUGAUGCCAACUACCAGGAAUUUAGCAAUAAGUUAAAGGCACUGGCCAAAUGUCCCGGCAAUUUCACCAAGCAUUUGGAAGCUGAAAAACAGAGUGAAUUAUUUGGACUGUUGCAAACUGUGGCCGAUGAGUUGAAAUCUCUGCGUUUAAAAGCCUGCAAGAAUGUUCCUCCCAAGAACUGCAGCUUUCCACAGAUCCCUGCUAAUGGAGGCCUGAUAUGUCUGACUCAUAAUAAAAACCGCUAUUGCAAGCCGAUGUGUAACCAGGGUUACGAUUUUGCUUUCCUAAGAAAGUCGCGACUGUAUGAAGAGUGCGGGGAUGACAAUGGCUAUACCUGGAGCUCACAGUAUAUUGGAGGGAAUAGGUUGGCUGUCUGCUCAAAGAGUUCCAUAAGUGUGAGUGGCGUAGCAUCUGCCUACUUUCCCAGGACGUGUCAAGAUGCAUGGUACAACUACACUGAGGAGAAAAGGUUGAUUUCAGACUUUAAGGAAGAACUCAGACAGCAGGGCGUAGACAAAGUCAACAGUAAAACUAAGUGCCUGUUGUGUGGGGACCUACUUUCUUAAUCCACACACUCCACAUACAACAGAGCAAAAGUCAAAGGAUUUUUGCAUCUCCACUUACUGGAGUUUGAUUGUGAAAGUAUUGCUGAAUGCUAAUCCUAAACUCCCUCCAAUAUUAGUACAUUCAGUUUCCUUCCGUAUUGCAACACAAAGUAUUCUCCUACAUUACACCACUGAGCUUCUCAUGUUAUUAUGUGAGCUUCCUCUUAUAUUACAGUACAGAACACCCUCUUAUAUUGCAAUACUCAACGUCCCCAUAUAUUACAGCCCCAAGAUUCAUCCUACAUCACAACGCAAGAAUUCAUCCAGGACAAAGACAGAAAUUGCUGGAAAAGCUCAGCAGGUCUGGCAGCACCUGUGGAGAGAAAUCAGAGUUAACUUUUCAGGUCAAGUGACCCUUCCUUAGAACUAUAAAUUUCAGAAUUCGUCCUAUACUGUUAUAUUGAUCUUCUUCCCAUAUUCUAGCAACAAGUUCCUUCCUAUCCCAGAAAGGAAAAAAGCUGCAAAAACCUGGUAUAUGUCACAAACUGGACUCUCGCAAUCUUUUUUCUUCCCAGUAUUUUUAAUGAGUUUUUUUUGCCUCUGUGAUAUUGUAGCUCUGAACGUCCUCCGAUAUCACAGCACCAAGCUUCCCGCUCUAUGACAAAGUGAAUCUUCCUCACAUAUUCUUCCUUCUAUACCAUACUUCCUCAUUUUUGCAACAACACACUUUAUCCUAAUGCACCAAAUUUCAUCUGCUAUUAAAGUACCAAACUUCCUGUCAUAUAUUGCUGCCAAAUGUCAGCUGUAUUAUGUAAUUACAAAGUAUAUCAAUGAAAUAAAAACAGCAUAGGCUGGUC